AUUUGUGCCUCCUAGAUUGAUUAUGGUAGCUUCUGGAAAAUACCGAUAUAAUAAUCCAUAGCUCAAGGAGUCCUAAAAAAUAUUAAAUACUCAAAUCUGUAAAAAUAUGUCUUGGAUAUUUGCAGUACUCACCAAAGCUGUUAUAAUUUGUAAAUUGCGAAUUGAAUUCAUUACCUUUAUGAAUAUAGGGAUAUUGAAAACACUGGAAUUUGGAUUUUAGUAUUUUUAAAGAAAAAAGUUUACAUUUUGAUAAGUAUUUUGACUUUGACAAGUAGCUGCUCCAAAAUACAAUAGUUUUUCUGUAGAGCUUGAUACUGAUCCAGAUUUGAGUCCAAGGUGUUAACAUUUUAAAAGUAUGAAUUUCCAAAUGCCUACGACGCACUUUUCCUGUAAGGUUAGUGUUCAGUAGAUUGUGGAUGGAAUUUACUAGUUCCGAGGAGAUGAUGACAAUGUUGUUUGCUUUAAAAAUAGAUCAAAAAACGCAAGUGAUUAGUUUAUCGACAAAUAAAAUGAAAGGCCCAGUAGAAGCUAAAAGCACGCGUAAGAAACAGCGGCUGGAAAAUAAGCAGAAGAAAAUGGCAGCUCUUUUGGAUAUAGCAAAAUUGAACGAAAACGACCGCGAAAAAGGGAAAACCAAGACGUUGAGGGACAGUAGCGAAGAUAGCGAUGACACUCCAAAUAAGAAGAUAAAAACCGAAACAGUUACCCACCAACCAGAAGUUGGGCCGUCCGGAAAGCCGAUCCUAUCGGGCAAAGAUUACCAAGAACUCAAAAAGAUGCUGAGAGAAAAAACCUCUAAAAUUACAAAGUGCCCAAAAUUUUGGCUAAGAGACUUGGGCGAAAAUGCUUUACUGAGACACCCUCUAGAAAAUCGGUGUCCUCUCUUUUUGUCAGACAUCCAACAUUUGCUCAUGUAUUCGCAGCUCGGUGUCCAUGCUCCGUAUUCGCCUGCAAGAUGGUGCAGUUUGGAUAAGUACAAUCAGUUGGCAAACGUUACAGUGCUGGUUAUUGAAAAUUUGUCUCUCUAUCACUAUGAGGCGUACCAAAGUCAUUUUCCUUUUUUGAGUUUGAACUUUGAGCAUAAGCUCGAAAUAAUUUCGCCGUUUUCUAAUAAUAGUGACGUAGUGAAGGAAUUGUCUUUGGUGCCUUUAUCCUCAACGCAAAUGCGAAAGGCUAUUACCGAAUAUGGAAGUCUCGAAGAAGCUGUCAGGAAUUCUACAGAAAUUGUUGAUACAGUAAAUCAUUUUUUCCCCAUUAUGCAAGACACGAAAGAGGAAAUUUAUAUCAACAAUAGCAAUUUACCUGAAACGGACAAAUUUUCUAGAAUUACUUUGUUAUUAUCUGGAUGGCAAAUGGUCGAAGAAAAUUUCCCACUUCCCAUUAAAGGACUAAUGGAAAGAAAAUAUUCCGACUAUGUACUGACAAAGAAAAGUUACAAAAGUGUCACUGCCCAUAGUCCAAUGAUGGGCAUCGAUUGCGAAAUGUGCAAAACCACUACUGGCGAUUUGGAACUAACAAGGAUCUCAGUCGUAAAUGAAAAACACGAAAUAAUUUACGAUACGUUGGUGAAACCGCAAAAUAAAAUUGUAGAUUACCUGACCAGGUAUUCGGGAAUCAACCCGAAAAUGAUGAAAAAUGUUACAAAACGACUUGCAGAUGUUCAGAGGGAGCUCAGUGCCUUGUUACCGAAUGACGCUAUUCUUGUUGGCCAGUCUUUGUCUAAUGAUUUGCAUGCUGUUAAAAUGAUGCACCCCUAUGUUAUUGAUACUAGUGUAAUCUACAACCUAUCAGGUGACCGUACCCGUAAAACCAAACUCCAAAUCCUAGCUCGCGAGUUCUUGGACAUGAAAAUUCAAAUGGGUACCAGAGGCCAUUGCAGUUCUGAAGACAGUUUAGCCUGCUUGAAGUUAGUCCAACUAAAACUCACGAAACACUUAUACUACGGUGACGCUGUUAUGAACUCUGUCUACACUGAACAAAGAGCUUAUCCAGAUUUGGGUACGGCAAAUUAUGCUACUAGUAUGCUGAAGCAAUGUGUUAAGGCUGGCAAUGCAGCGCACGUUGUUGGUGUUGAUGAUUUAGCUGACAAUUAUAAGUUUUACUUCGACAAAGAUGGUAAAGAUAAUGGAAAAAUUAAAUGUACCAAAGCGGAUUCGAACAGGGAUGUGAUAACGCAUUUGUGCAAUGGCAUUCUAUUGAAUAAUCUCAAUAUUGGACACAUAAGGAUAGCUGAAGAUCAACUGACAAACGACUGCCAUAAGGUAUUUCAAAAAUUAGACAGAUGGAUCAGUGAAAUGCAUCAUUCGGCAGUGCAACCGUCUUUGUUGUCAGUAAUCUUCAGUGGGAAUAAAAACGGCGGGAACGGUGUUUGCUGUUUACAGCUUAAGAGAGACUACAUAUUGUGAUGAAACCAUAAAGUAUAUUCUUUGUUAAUAUACAUAAUAAAAUCCUUACUGCAUUGGAAGUAAUUGAUAAAUUUUUAUAUUAUUUUAAUGUAUUGUUUUUCAAUUUUUGAUUUUUUUUUUUACUUCACUGGUAGGUAUUGAUGAUAAUCUUUUUGUUUAUUUGAAUUCCAAAGACGAGAAGAAACACAGUACCUACAUCAACGAAUAAACAUUUGUAAAGUUGA